GUCGGUGACAGUCACGAUUGGCGGCUUGGCGCCUAUUACUCCUGAUGGGAUGGGAUGUUGAGUCCUUGCCAGUUCCUGAUAUAUCUAUACACAACCACUACUCGAGUACACGCUCAAUGUCUCGUCCCCUUCCAGCAACUUCAAUCAUGUCUCGGACCCAAGAAGUCGGUUUUAAACAUUAUUAUUACCCGCACGGAAACAAUUCCUUCCAGGCGAAUAGAACAUACACAUACAGAUGCAUGAACACCUCCAAGAUUCCCGACACCGAUCGCGAAAGGCUCCAAACGGAUCUUUCGCAGAACUGCACCUGGAUUGCCGAUAUCGGUCUGAAGCAGACCCUCCUGCCCGAUCCCAUAGAGAUCUGGUGGAAUCUUCUUCCUCUCGAGACGUUCAAUAGCAGCGCCGAGGUCUGCCUUGAGCCGCCGAGAAUCGGUAGCAGCAUUGAGGCCCUCAACAACACAAGUGGUGGUCCGAACAUCCUGUACGAUGCUGCCAAAGCGUGCGAGCCAUACGUUUGCUCGGUUCUCAUCGGCGCGAGCGGAAACCCCGACAUUAGCGGUGUUGGUAUGGUCAUCGCGUACGUGUUUGAGCUCAUCUUUGUAACUCUAUGUUUUGCCUCCUUUCUUCCUUUCCCACAAUCCCCAAACUCCAAGAUUGGGGCCAUAUGGCGGGCACACGCUUCCGCGACAAUCAAGAUAAUGGACACCUUCCUCGACGCAGCCACUUUCUUUGCGCUCUCGGUCACCAUUGCCACGUUCGGCUAUCUCAGCCGGGAUCUCACCAUAUACGAGCGGAACAUGCUGCACCACGUCUCAUUGUUGACGAUGGGCAGCCUGUACGUGGUGCUAGGCUUCACGUACAAGACUCUGCGGCGACGGAAGCUCCGUUGCGGGCUUGUGACGCUCACCGCGCUGAUGACGUCGAUCAUGUGUCUGGUCGAGUUCUACCAAAGAUCUAUCGAGCGGCCAUACACUUUUGCCAUAUGUAGAGCCGUCGAUACGUUCUUUUUCAGACCGCAGAUCGUCAUCCCGGCGAGCGUGGUUAUCAUAUUCGAGGGCAUCGGAGUACUGGCUUCGGUGGCCACCUUCUUCGCCCGCAGGAGGGGGCGGAAUGUGUCUGUGGAGAUUGGCAUCCCGCAGAUUUCAAACUGGGUGCUCGUCGGGUGGACGUACCUGAAGCGCACGGGACUUUUCGCACAGAAGCCAUUCACCGUGAGCGAGCAUCUUGACCACCUUCGGAGAGCGCCCGGCAUGACGCCCGGUCUGUGGGCCGUCGCGUCCUUCGGCCUGCUGGUUUCGUGGUCCUCGGCCAUAGUGAUAUUCUGUGCCCGGGGCGAGUUUCAGAUGGCGGCCGGGGACUACUAUGAGGAGAAUGAGAUGGGGUAUGGACAGAUAUUGGCGGCACUCAUCUGGUUGCCGGUUCUUGUCGAGUAUGCUUAUUUUGCAUUGUAUGGCUCGUCGGCGGGCUGGGAAGGGAGAUUGCCGUGGAACCUUGAUGUUCUCGAGCGGGGUCAGGGUUUUCAAGAUGAUGAGGAUUCCAUGCUCAGUGAGGAGCUGAGAGACCACCAUCACCAAUAAAAGCUUGUUGCAUCAGGUACCUACCUAUGUGGUGCUAAAAUUGACGAAGAAACGCCGCACGAGUGACAGAAGAAUGUACAUGCACGGAACAAUGCAAUAUUCACGAGUGAGAGAAGGAACUUGUGAUGAACCGAGAAAGUGGAAGAGAGAGCAACAGAUAUGAACUCCUCGCGCUCAUGGUGGUGUGUGAGUCGAUGGAAUACGGAGCGGCAGGUUUGAUUGGCGGGCUUCUUUCUUUCCUAUGUUCCUCUUAGUCGAAUCACAUUUGUCGGCAGUCGGGGUUUCUGAGUCGCUGUAACCACUCCGGCUUGUACAUACCAGUCGCAGACAGUAAAACCGGACUACCUAGAGUGCCAGAUAGAUUAUAGGCUAUCAAUGGAGAAACCAAAAACAAUAACUACAAGCAAAG